AUUAAGAUAUAAGCGUCCAACAUAAGCUUUUGGCUUUUGCUUAUAUCUUUGUACCUAUUAUUUUAUAUUAAGUAGAGGCUCUAAUUUUGAAACAUGUCAUCACAAGUAGCAGAAUUUUAUAAUAGUAAAAAUAUCUUUGUAACCGGCGGCACUGGUUUUCUCGGUAUUUCCGUCAUAGAGAAGAUACUUCGCUGUUGUCCCGAUGUCAAAAAUAUCUACAUAUUGAUAAGGCCGAGAAAAGGCAAGAAUGCUCAAGAUAGAAUGCAAGACGUCAUCAACAACUCCGUAUUUGAUAAAAUUAAACAAGAAGGACAGACUGCACUUUUCAAAAAGUUGAUACCAGUUGGUGGUGAUGUUGGAGAGGAUCAUCUAGGAUUAUCUUCCGAGGAUAGAUUAGCAUUAGUAGAACAUAUUCAAAUUGUUUUCCAUUCAGCAGCUACAUUGGAUUUUCAAGCCGACUUAAAAUCUACAGUCAAUAUUAAUUUACUUGGUACAAGACGAGUGGUAGAAUUUUGUCAAGAAUUAAGAAAUCUCAAGGCUUUAAUCCAUGUCUCUAGUGCCUAUGUAAAUUCAAUGCUGAAAGAGGUUUAUGAACAUAUUUAUCCAGCACCUACGGAUGUUAACGAACUUUUAAAGCAAGUUAAAGAAUUAAAUGAUAAUGAAUUAAAUGAAGCAACGGCAGAUAUAAUAAAAGAUCAUCCCAAUCCAUAUACCUUUACAAAACAUUUGGCUGAACAUGAAAUAGCAAAUUCAAAGUUGCCAGCAGUAAUUAUUCGACCAUCUAUGAUUGUAGGAGCUUGGAAAGAGCCAAUUCCAGGGUGGACUAUCUCCAAAAAUGGGCCACAAGGAUUUUUAAUGGGAGCAAGUAAAGGAAUAGUUCGACGUUUACCAGUAGCUAAAGAUUUAAUUUAUGACUACAUUCCAGUUGAUAUUGUAGUCAAUAGUCUCGUAAUAGCAGCAUAUAUCAUUGAGCGAGAUGGACUGAAAGCAGUGAAAGUUUAUCAUUUGACAUCAAGUACAUGUACACCUUUCAAGUGGGCCGCUGUUUCAGAUAAGAUUAAUAUAUACUUACAUAGUUAUCCAUUAGCUAGUGCUAUAUGGUAUCCAAAUUUAAAAUUACUUCCAUCUUUGUUUUGGUUUAGAAUCUCUGCAUUUUUUGUACAUAUGAUACCGGCUUAUAUUUUAGAUACAAUUAUUCGCAUAUCUGGUGGAAGACCCAUGUUAGUUCGACUUCACACCAACGUCAAUGAAUCCUUAAAACGAUUGGAAAAAUUUAUUUUUUCAGAAUGGAAGUUUUACAAUAAUCAUACUUUGGAAUUAUAUGAAACACUUUCUGAAGUAGAUAAAGAAAAAUUUACUUUAGAUAUUAAAACCAUUGAUUGGGAAACAUAUUUUAUUGAUUUAACAAAGGGAGUUAGAAUAUAUUUGCACAAUGAACCUUUAAAAACGUUAAACAAAGCUAAAAGAAAGGAUAAAAUAUUGCUUAUAAUUCAUUUAUUAUUAAAAGUAAUCAUUCUAUCUUUUAUUUGGUGGAUCGUUAAAGCUUCUUGUGGAUUAGGUUGGAGUCAAACUGGUAUGAUAGUUCCAAUAGCAUAUUUCAUUUUAAAUCUAUUAUAAAUAAAAAAUGUCUACUCUGUCCACCUAUAAUACCUUUCAAAAUUCAUAGAAUGUUGCAAGGUAAUAAAUAUUAUAUGAUGAAUGAUCUAAGGUUAUCUAAAAAAUAUUGAUUAUUUGGAAGGUCAAAAAACAUGUUACAACUGAAAAUAAUACACUUAUAGUGCCUUACAAUUUUAAGAAUUUAUACUUACAUUAUUAAUCAUUGUACUUCAACAUAAUAUUCAGUUAAUGCUUGCUUUUACCAUUAUUAUGAUUAUUAGCACUGAUCUCUGUAUUGUAUGAAUACAGUUAAUCGAAAUAAUUAUAGAAGAUAUAAAGAAAAUGUUUGGGUCGAGUUUAAG